CAGCUACAGUAGAGUGUUGAUGCUUUGGCAUUUUAUUGUAUUUACUUCCUUUAACUAGUAAGAGAAGAGCAGCAUUUGCCUUGACGGCUCCAACCAUGCGACUUUAUCUGCUGGCAUUUUGUGUCUUUUAUAAUUUUCUCAGUCUGGUAUUUUUGGAUGAGCUGUUUUUGCAAUAUAGUGCAUGCUGUACCUUCAAAGGUGCAGAUUUCAGAGAUACAGAAUACAAUAUUGUGGCCCACCUUAACAAAACACUAUUAAUGAAAUACAGUAGUACCACAGGAAACUGGACAGGAUACACAAGGUUUGCAAUGGAAACGGCAAAAUUUUGCAACUCAAAUCCGGUGGAUAGAGCCAUAAGAGCAAAAGAGAAAGACAUUUUGUGUGAUGACAACAUACCUGUUGUCAAGCAGUUGUGUAACCUGAGAUCUGUUCCCAUCAUCAAGCUGAAUUCAAUGAAGCAGUUAAGGGGUAGCCUACCUGACCUGCUCGUGUGCAGUGCCUACGAUUUCUACCCGAAAUACAUAAAAAUUACAUGGUUGAGGAACGGGCAAGAGGUGACCUCUGGCGUCAGUAUGUCUGAACUGUUACCUGAUGAGAACUGGUUCUACCAGGUCCAUUCUUAUCUGGAGUACCAGCCAGCUUCAGCAGAACAAAUCACCUGCAUGGUUGAACACCCCAGCCUCUCUAUGCCUGUGCUAAAGGUCUGGGACAACUCCCUCUGUCAGUCAGACCGUGUUAAAAUUAUCACAGGAACAGUUCUGCUGGUUCUUGGAGUUGUUGUUUUAAGCUCUGGAUUCAUCUAUUACAAGAAAAAGUCCACAGGACAUGGUAGUUGUCGUCAAGGAGAAACGAUGAGACCUGCAGAGCAGCUUCUUGUGCUGAACAACUAAACUGAUUGACAAGUCACAUCAUGAAGACAAGGACAAUGCUGCUGAGGACUGCUAGCAACAGCUAACGACGGCUAGCGACCAACCCUAUAUGAUAACCACGCUGGCAGAUCAUUUUGCUCAUUUAUUCUAUAUUGUCUAUUCUAUGCCUUUAUUCUUAUAGAUACUAACGUUUACUUUGUCAUAAACUCAGUUUAUGUUACGUUAUGACUUCGGCAGUGUUGGACUCCUGAUAAUGCAACCUUUAAUAUUGCGUCACUACAUUUUUCACUGUCUGAUCACAUAAUAAAGCAUCUGUACAAUGUUA